ACCACGUUGCUAGGGCCAACUAAUGGCACGCGCGACAAAACUAUCAACAACUUUUUCACGUCUCGCCGUUACGUUACCACAUGCCGAUUCACCCACAAUCACAUGCAUGAUCGUUACUGAAGCUGCACAUUUUCACACCUUUCUUGUGUUUUCUUCGAUCUUAAUUCUUGUCUUAACAAGUCAACAGUGUAGUAGGCAACACUUAACGUGAAAUGGCCCAAGGAGAUCCGAUGAAAUGGAACCUGCCGGGGUGGCGAAUCGAGCAAAAAUACUCCCCAGGUGUUCUGAUUGGAAAUUGGUCUGAAAACAGAAACAAGUUUCAAAGAGCACCGAUUAAGUCUGGUUCAACACACAGGACCGACUUUGUGAAAUAUCCCCAGUACAGACCAGACGUCAUGACACGAAGAAAUGCAAUGAUGAAAAAUGAUGGUCUUGACAACAAACAUCUGUUUGCUCAUCAUAACAAUGACUUCUCCAGCAAUCUGAUCUCAUGGUAUGACGAGCAGUUCAACAAACGGGAGAGAAUGGGUAGAGACACUCUACCAGAGCUGCGAUACUGGGACUCCAACAGACUAGCCUGGGAACCAGAAAAAUCCGAUCACCCAAUCAGAGAUGGCCCAUCCACCAACUUUGGCCUGCAAGAAAAGCUGAAUGAUAAAUGGAAGAGAGAGCAAGCCCUGGCCGGUCUAGGUGAAUACCACACCACGUACGGUCAGUCGUACAUCCCGCAACCUUCCAAUGCACUCGUUAGGAAUCACUAUGCACCACCGAGGGAGCUCUCUACCAGACUGCAUCCCGUCAACCUGAUCAAUAAGGAUCUAGGUCUCAGGAGCGUGAACGUUUUACAGACACCACAAGAGUUACAAUUGCCAACGAGAACUGAGCCUGCCACAAGAAGUUUGCAUGGUCCUACUCAAGUCUCUGUGUAAAGUGACAAA